GAGACGACUUUGUUGUUUUAUAUUUUAAAAGCAGAGAGAGAUGGUCACGUCGGUCGUUGUCGUUGGUUCUGGGUGGAGAAGAGAGAAUGUGCAUAGCAGUGUUUCUUUGGCAAUCGCAUCCGCUUUACCCUUUCCUUCUAUUUCUGAACAGAGAUGAAGAUCACAACAGGCCGACGGAGGCGCUGCGUUGGUGGGAAGACGGAGAGACGUUGGGAGGAAGAGACCUGGUUGGCGGCGGGACGUGGCUGGGCUGCACUAGGCAAGGCCGGAUCGCUUUCCUCACCAAUUUCAGGGAAGCCUCAUCCUUCCCUGCUGCUAAAUCCCGUGGAGAUCUGCCUCUUCGUUACUUGCAGAGCCGUAAGAGUCCGGCCGAGUUUGCCGAGGAUAUCCACGAUGAAAUUUCUCUUUACAAUGGCUUCAACCUGGUAGUCGCUCAUGUCUUGUCCAAAUCAAUGGUUUACAUUACAAACCGGCCUCUCCACGGUGACAAGCUCGUGACUCAAGUCUCUCCGGGGAUCCAUGUCCUUUCCAACGCCAACCUCGACUCUCCUUGGCCCAAGUGUGUGAGGCUGAGAGAGGGUUUUCAACAGCUUCUCGCUGAGAACCGGAGCAGUGAAUUCCCCGUGAAGACCAUGGUGGAGCAGGUGAUGACCAAUACUGUCAAGGACCAAGACACCGAGCUGCCUCACGUUUACACACCAGAGACGGAAUACCAACUCAGCUCCAUCUUCGUCGACAUGCACAGACCAACUGGGCGUUAUGGGACCAGAAGCAUCUCCACGAUCAGCAUCAAGUCCCAUGGUGAGGUAUGCUUCUACGAGAGGCAUCUUGAAGAAGGUGAUUCAUGGAAGGAGCACACUCAACAGUUUGUAAUUAUACAAAACGACGAGAGCAUUUGAUCAGCUUGCCAACCUUAACAUUGAGUACCCAAAGCUCUCACAUAUAUUGUGUAUGUAUGUAUGUAAACACAAAACAGAAGAGCUCAUCUCUAUCAUUCCAAGCAUCAGACAGAAUACAAAUACAAUCACAAUACUUUUAAA